AUGGCAAUCAAGUCAAAAUCACGCUUAAACGCUAGUGAUGAUUUAAAUGACAUACACGAGGCACCAUGUGAUGAAUGUGGAUCACAAUAUAUAAUAGGAGAUCGUUAUAGAUGCUUGGAAUGUACCGAUUUCGAUUUGUGUGGCACAUGUUUCGAGAAAAGACGAGAAACUGAUGAGCAUAAAAAUGGACAUGCUUUUGCACAUUUUAGGAUGCCAAUGGAACUUUUUGGAAAGACUAUUAAAGAUGUCAGUCGUGAAGUUACACUAUCUAAAUUAAUAGAACAAUUCAAAAGUGUUCAACAUGAAAAAAUAUCAUGCGAUGGUUGUAAAAUCGAAUCUAUUGUUGGUAUUCGGUUUAAGUGUGAUACAUGUUCUAGCUAUGAUUUGUGCUUGAAAUGCAAGAUUGCAAAAGUAGAGACCAAUCAACAUAAAUCAAAUCAUCCACUAAUUGUCAUUGGAGAAAACAAUCUUCAACAAAUCGAUAUAAACGACAUUCAAUUAGGACAAAAACUUGGAGAAGGUGGUUUCGGUGCUGUUUACAAAGCUAAAUGGACAUCGAGAAAUCGUGAUGUAGCUUGCAAAUUGAUUUCCAUUCAACCUACUCAAAUACAUUUGUUCCAGAGCUUCCAACGUGAACUUGCAGCUUAUAACGAAUUAUCAGGUGCUUAUAUUCUUAAAUUGUAUGGUUAUGCACUAAAGAAACCACAAUCAGUAACAGAUGAUAUGCAAUGUGCUUUGAUCAUGGAAUAUAUGAGUAGAGGUAGUUUGUCUACUGUUAUAAAAGAGCAUGAAAAGUUAUCAUUGAGCUGUAAGCUUGAUAUGGCUUGGCAUAUGGCAAGUGGUAUGAGAAAAUUACAUGAUCGGAAAAUGAUUCAUCGUGAUAUACGACCUGAUAAUGUUCUUAUUAACAAAUACUACACGGCUAAAAUUGGCGAUAUGGGUAUUGCACGUGAUUUAAAAAAUACAGGACAAUAUAUGACAACUAUUGGCUGUCAACCGUAUAUGCCUCCCGAAUUCUAUACGGAGAAUUAUGAUCAGUCUCUCGAUGUAUUUACUUUUGGACUAACAUUGUAUUAUCUGUUCGUGGAGAAAAAUCAUUUAUUCCAUGAACCGACAAGAAAAAUUCUUCUACCAGAGAAAAGUCCGAUUUUUGACGAAUUAAUUCGAUACUGUGUUCAUGAUGAUCAAAAUCAACGACCUUCAGCUCUAGAAUUGGAAACUACAUUCGUAACGUACAAACGUGUCUUCGAGAAACAUAUUCGAGUUCAUCAUCAAAACUAUGAAGAACAAUCUGUAGAAGUUAAGAAUCGUAUUUUUCAAGAAUUUUAUAAUUCUUUUCAUCCAAAAGCAAGUGCAGCACUCAAAGAAAAAUUUCCCAAAGCAUCUUCACGAGUUCAGACUAUUAUUGAUCCAGAUAGUGUAAAACAAUUCUUACUUUUACUUUUACAAGCAGCGGCACAAGAGGAAUGA